UUCGUUGCCGUGGCCGGCGGCUGGCCGCACCAGGUCCCAUCUAGUGGCCGGCCGACAUAUGGCCACCACCGGUCGCUAUCCAGCAUCUUAAGAACCGCCUCACCAAAACCCGCGUCUGCGCAUGUCAGAUCGAAUUCGACCGUAGAGCCGUCGAUGACCGCCGACAUCGCACGCUCGCGCCCUUCAACCCCCCAGCCUAAGAGGCUUUUCGUCCCCAGCUCGCUCAACGACGAGAAUGACUUGAGAACAAUUCCCGAUCCUCGGAGCAGGACAAUGAGUCUUGCCGACGGGGAUGCUAUGGUUGGCACGCCGCACCACCCCGAUCUGAAUGAUGAGGUCGCCACCCUGAGCACAAAGCUCAUCAACGCCAUCAACCAUCAGACCGCACUUGACGACAACCUUUCGGCGACGAGGCUAGAGCUGGAGAAGUCUCAAGACAGGAUACGGCAGCUCGAGGCAGUGGUAGAGGAGCAGAGGGAAAUGCUUGCGGGCGAUGUGUGGGUGAGGCGAAAGUCGGUUGAGGAAGAGAAGGCGAGGUUGGUAGCCCUCGCUGCCGAGGAGAAACGAGCUCGCCUCGAUAUGGAGCAGCAAAAGAAGAAAAUCGAGCAGGAACUGGAAAACCUGACCGCUGCCCUUUUCGAAGAAGCGAACAAGAUGGUCAUCUCGGCAAAGGAAGAGGCGCGGGCCGAGCAAGAGGCUCUGCAGCGAAAGAAUGACCAGCUCAGGGCACAGCUUGCCGACACAGAAGGCCUUCUCCGGUCUCAGCAGGAGCAGCUCGCUGAGCUGAAGCAUGUCAUGGAACAGAUGACGGUGGAAAGGGAGGAACAAUCACCACCUACGCUUCCCUCGUCCCCGGGACUGGAGAGCUUCGAUGAUCGGGAAGCUGCAGGCUCUUCGGCUGGAACGCGCCAUGCGAGUCUCUCGGUGCCUGUAUCUCCGUCAUAUCCGACCAGCUUCACCCACCUUCUGCACCCCGUCCUGCGUACCGACCUAGCCGCAUUCAACGAUUUCAGGGAGCUCCUGCGAACGUCAAAGAGGCUCUCCGCACCGCGGCUGCCCUCGGGAUCAUCCGGGUCCGGCCUGGUAUCCUUGGGCAUCGGCCUUGGCUCGAUUGGCUCACAUGUCUCGGCGGCCACGGGCUCGACCACGUCUCUCGCCACAACAGGGACCCCCCCUGCAGCAUCUCCUCAAACGCCACACACGCCAGCCUCGUCCGUCAGCAGUAGUUCGUCGACCGCCACGCCUGUUCCCCUUCCGCACUUGAAGGAGACCAAGUUCUACAAGCGAGUGCUCACCGAGGACAUCGAGCCGACCCUCCGUCUAGACACGGCGCCAGGGCUCUCUUGGCUUGCCCGCCGCAGCGUGUUGACAUCCAUGACGGAGGGUUCCUUGGUCGUCGAGCCGACUCCCUCCACAGCUACCGGCCGAUUCGGCAAGGUGAUCAAGCCCGAGCUCUAUCCCUGCUCCCUCUGCGGCGAGUCGAGGAAAGAGGAGGAACACCUCAGGACGCACCGCUUCCGCAUCAAUGAGUCCGACAAUACUCAGAUCGGGUAUCCGCUCUGUAGUUACUGCCUCGCUCGAGUUCGGUCGACGUGCGAGUUUCUCGGCUUUCUCCGCAUUGUCAAAGACGGCCAUUGGCGGGCGGAAGAUGAGGAUGCCGAGAAGGCGGCGUGGGAAGAGAGCGUCCGGCUGCGCGAGCAGAUGUUUUGGAGCCGCAUCGGCGGCGGGGUUGUGCCUGCGGGCCACACCCGCCACCAGUCGAGCUCUAGUGUGGACGCCGGCCUGCGCACCGAGAAGACUGCGAGGCCGAGCCAUGAGAGCACGCGCGGGCCAGCCGAGCCCGCGAAGCAGUUUCUGGAGCUGCCCGAGACACCGGAGCACAACGAAUCUGAAGAGACACAGCCUUCCCAAGAUGCGCAACCCUCCCAAGAGGCUUCUGGACCGGCGCAGCAACCAGCUAGCGAAGGCGGGGAUGGAGCACCUCCUUUCGCGGACGCAUCGGACGGCGAGAAUGAGAAACAGCCUACUGUUGAAGGCGGGGAUCAACUACAGCUGCCACUGGCGGCACCUGUCACCAUGGCCAUUUGA